CGCUUCGCCUCACUUCAAGUGCUUUGUCCGUCGGCUUUAUCAUGACGCAUCAAAUGAAACUGCGAGGAAAUCCCAUUAAAAGAUCGGCAAGUUACAAUGGAUUUUCGCUUGCUCUUCCUAGUAACAUCGACGAACUGAAAAUUGUAGAUAGUUCAUCCGACUCUUCGGCAUACUUAAUGGAAUGGAGCCCAGUUGUUCGAAAACAAGUCGGCUGCCCAUCGCUGAUAAGAUCACCGAAUCAUGUGCUUGAUUGCUCAGUUUCAAACGAAUUUAGAGAUAUAAUUAAGGGCGUAGAAAAUACUGACAUAAGUUUGACUGAGCUUAGCGAUGCAUCAAGUGGAAGCGACGUUUGGCAAGAAGAAUUAAUUCUUCGUUUGAGACGACAGGAAGCUGCCAUUGAGAAAGAUAAAGCAAGGCUUGAGGAAGAAAUAAAGACCCUUCAGUUGAAGUUGGAAUUAGAGGAGGAUCUGCGACGCAAUGAUAAAGAAUGCAUGGAUAUUCUCAGAAGCCACAUCUCAAAGCUUGAAGGAAAACUACAGAGCUGCGAGAAGAAGAUAAGAGAGUUAGAACACGAAAAGCAACGGCUAGAGGUCAACUCUGCAGUGUUACCCGCAACAAAGCCGGGGGAAUUUACACUUUUGAAAGCGCGCUUGGAUGCGAGUGCAGCCACUAUUCAUGCCCUUGAGGCGGAUUUAAAAAGGAUAAAGGGCGAAAAAGCCACACUUGAGGGGCAAGGAAAGGAAUAUCAAGACAUGCUGAUAAAACUUGAGCAUCAGUUGCGAAGCGCAAAUAAGGAACUCCAACGUCGGGAGAAUCGAGUAAACGAGCUUGUCGAAGAGAGAAGAUCUCUGGAGGAAUUUCAGUUAAAAGCACGCAGCUUACAAAGGAAAGAUCAGAAAUCUUCUUAUGCUUUGCAAAUUCAAAUUGUUAACCUGCAAGAAAAACUCGAGAUGUCAAGCAGGACUAAUGAUGAGUUGAAAAGCGACAAGGAGAAGUUGGAAGCUAAAAUCAAACAACUUGAGUACAAGGUGAAAAAAUUAGAGGGUAGCUAUCGAUCCAAACUCGAGCAGACUAUGGAAAGAUUAAAACGGCAGAAGUCACACACGGAAGAUAAUCCCCUCAAGGCGGUAAACGGAUGUUUACAGCGUGUUCAUCAACCAUCUUCCAGCGAAAACUCGGCCGACAGCCAGAAACUAAAACAGCAGUGUGGUGCUGAGGUCAAAGUGUCAACGCAACGAAAGCUCAUUUGUACCCUGCUCAUGGAGUUGAACAAGCAAAUGGAGGAAAAUGCUUGUAAAGAUAUUGAAUUAGCCCCCUUAGAGGUAACUCUAAAAGAAUUUCUGGAUAAGAUUUCCAACAAUGUUACAGAGGCACCACGGGAGACCAAAUUUAAUGGGAAGCCCUUGCAACUGGUCACAGUGGCUAAGGAACCCUCCAAAGAGGAGUUUGUAUGUGAGAAAUCACUCAAUGGAGUAAGUCAAUUUUUAUAGCUUUAGGUGCUUUUUCAUGUAAGAUAUUUUAGCCCCCAAUAUCUCUUUAGUAAUUCUCCUUACUGCCAACUAUACCUUUGUGUUGUUUGUUUGUAGAACUUGGUAUUGGAUCAACUAAUAAUCCCCCAAUUUACUUUAUUGGCGUUAGAUUUUGUGUAAUGUCGCGUGACUUUGAUGUAAACAAACCGUAAAAGUUCGAACGUUGAGCCAUCCACCCAAUACCUUAGUACAAACUUCGGCUUUGGCAUUUAGUUGUUAAUGAUUUUCACAGGGAUUCGUGGUCAUCAAUCUCUUAUCAGACAUUGUUUUUAUUCGACAAUCUGUGUACUUGAUGCCCAAAAAUUACGUAAUCGGAUAUCAUUGAACAGCACGUAGAACUAGUUUGAUUAUUCCAUGCCGAAAUGCUUCCUGGCACAGAAUUUCAAUGUGUACCUAGGUGUUUGUCUAUGUAAGGGCAAGAAACAUAGGGCCAGAAGAGAUGAAAAUACCUCAAUUGAAAUCUGUGCUAUAUAAGUUGAUAGAUAAAUUUUCAAGUUAUGGCAGCACUGUUUUGAGUUUGACACUUUCAUUUGCAGAUUAAUGGAAGUAAAGAAAGUAGUGAAGAAAGGUAAGCUUUACCUCCCUUUCAUGAAUGUUCUCUGCUACAAACAGUUCAUUGUUGUUGUUUGUCUAGCUCAGCUGGUGAUUUUGUGUGCCCAUAAUGAAAACAAAGCAUAGAACUGAGAGAAGGAAAGAAAUGAAGAAAUUUUACACUUUUUAAGGGAAUUUUUCUUCAAUCAGAUUCUCAUAACUACAUUCAACCCCCAAUUAUCCAAACUUGUAGGGAUUGGACCAAAUAUCCUGGAUAAUCAAAAGUCCAGAAAAUCAAAAAUAUGAAUAUUAAUAAACCAAAAUUAAAACUGAAUUAGUCAAUUUAUAUUUAAGAAUUGAAGUAUGUUCUUAAAUCAUAGUGCUUCAUAUUCAACAUUUUCCAAAAGCAUCUGAAAAACAUUUUUAAAGCCAUCUAAAAAUGUUUUACAUCAACCUGAAAUACUGACAAAAAUCAGUUUGUUUCAAGCUGCUACAGGGUGUGUGGGCAGCUAAUUUUCUCUUUCUUUGAAGCUACAUUAGUGGAAUAACAUCAACAUUGUUCUUUCCAUCUAAAACAAACACUUCCCAAAACAUUCUACAGCUUCAGAAAGAGGAACAAAUCAGUUCCAAAUGGAGCUUCACAAAAUGUGCUUUAAUUGGUGGGAAAAAACGUUGUUACUGAUCUGGAAUCUUACUAAUUGAUGUGAUUAUAUCUUCAUUUUGACAGUGCUUUGAAGGCUCCUCUAUUUAUGGUACAGAAAGUUACAAGAGAAAAAUUUACAACAUAUCGCCCAGAUCUGUGGGAAAAAAGACAAAGUGCAUUGAAGCCCAACAGUCAUUCAAGACCAAGAAAGAAAAUUCCAGUUAAAGAGGUUGAACAGGAGAAAUAA